GGUGGCUAACAAUCCGAGUUAAACCUAACGCGACGAGUUUCUCAGUUCGCCUCUUGCCAUCUUAAUCAACUUAUUAAUUUGAUCGUGUGCUAUUCUGGAGUGAUGUGCAUCAUACCUGGCAAAGCGAGUCUCAUCGAAAAGCAGUGCAGAUGUCAAGGUUGCAGUGAUGGAGAAGAAUAGAAAGACACUUUGGUCUGUGGCCCCUGCCAUCUGAGGGACUCUCUGACUGAGGGCAUGUUGAGACGUCUCACCAGGCCAGAGCUGAGGCGUUUAGGUGGCUUGGGCGGGGACUGAAGGUGAGGAGGAACUACAGCAGAGGGACCAGGUAGAAAGACAUGGGCCAGUGUGUCACCAAGUGUAAGAAUCCGACAUCUUCACUGGGCAGCAAGAGUGGAGACAAGGAAGGUGGUUCCAAGUCCCACAAGAAAGGUGGCUGUGCCAUAGGUUUUGGUGGCCACAAAGAAGAGUCCAUAGCCCCAUGUAGCAAAAGCAACAACGAGUUAUCAAAUGGAACCAAGGCUUUGGAGGUGACAGUGGAGACACCUGUCAUCCCGGCAGUGAUGGGGGAACCACGCAAAGAGGAGUGCCUAGAAGGUGGGCUUUCAUUGAGACGUAUAGACGAGCUUUUCUCCUGCUACAAGGAUGAACAGGAAGAUGCUAUUCUGGAAGAGGGAAUGGAAAGAUUCUGCAAUGACCUGUGUGUGGACCCUGCAGAAUUUAGAGUGCUGGUUCUUGCAUGGAAGUUUCAAGCAGCCACCAUGUGCAAGUUUACACGGAAGGAGUUUGUUGAAGGUUGCAAGGCCAUCCAAGCGGACAGUCUGGAAGGCAUCUGCUCACGUUUUCCCUUUAUGCUGCUGGAGGCCCAGGGAGAGGAGAACUUCAAGGACCUGUAUCGAUUCACCUUUCAGUUUGGGUUAGAUGCUGAGGAGGGGCAACGGUCAUUGCAGCGGGAUAUUGCCAUUGCUUUGUGGCGCCUGGUUUUUACACAGGACACACCUGCAAUUUUGGAGCGCUGGCUGGACUUCCUGGCUGAGAAUCCAUCAGGUAUUCGUGGCAUUUCUAGGGACACAUGGAACAUGUUCCUUAAUUUUACACAAGCAAUUGGGCCAGAUCUAAGCAACUACAGUGAAGAUGAGGCAUGGCCCAGUCUUUUUGACACAUUUGUUGAAUGGGAACUGGAACACAGAAAAAAGGCAGAACAGGCUUUGAUGGCGAAGGAGGAAGAGGGGCAAUGUACUGAGACAGAAUGCUCUCCCACAACAGACAGACUGGAAACAGAGGGAAGCCGUGGCUCACAGACGUGGGGGGGUCACUGAUUGGUGGAAACAUGACAAAUUUGAAAGAAGCGAAGUUAAGCAUAUGACCUAUAAAUGAACUGUGUGAACUCUGUGAAUCAUUGGGCGCAUUUUAGUAUUAUCAUCUCAGCUGUCCUCUCCACAUUUCUGUUGGGCUGGGAUUCUUGCUUUGCAACAAUACAUUUUGUUUUUUGAAAGGGCUCUAAAAACGUUUAUGUUUUAAGCACUUCUAUUUAUUGUUUUAAUUUUUCUUGUCUUUUAGCAAAUGGACAUGUUAGUCAAUUUUUUUUUAACAUUUAUCUACCUACCAUAACCCAGCAGUUUGGUAUUAAAACAUGCAACAGAAAGCCAUAACAUCUUUUAUUAUACACACAGUCCAUUUGCCUAUUUGUUUUGUACAAGGACUUGCUUUGAGUAAAGAAGGGAAAUUGGAUCAUGUCUAAAAAAUAUGUUUUAAAUGGUAAGAUGAAUGUUACUAUGAGGCUUGGGAUCAAUCACAUUUUUCAGACUGCAUUAAGUUUUGUUUGAAUUUGUAUGCCUUUGCCGUGUUGUGAGGAUGAAUUGGCUAUACUUGAGUUGCCUUCACAACUGUUGCCCUCCUAAACUGCAAACAGUGAUGUAUUCACAUGGUAGUAUUAUUGUUGGAACCUGGAAAAGUUGCUAAAACUAUGUAUCAACAAAUAAAACUAAAACACUGAAAAGUGUUGUUAUUUUCAACACACCAGCCCCUCGGAGUAUGUCUUGACUGAGUUCUUGAGGUGCAGUGAUCACCUUGGUUUGUCUGGGCAUUUAACUGUGCUGCUGUGGCCUCUGUGAUGUAGGUUUCAUCUGAAUUAUUGCAAGUGGUUAACUGUAAAUUCAAAUAUUCCAGAUUUAUCCUCACUCUUGUAUAUGUCUGUUGGGAAACUGGUUUUGAUCAUUUCUGAACACAACUUACCAACCCUGUUAUUGUGAAAAAUGGGGGCAAUAAAAUCUUGACUUCUUUGUACUGCUAUCAAAAUGUGUGUGCACCUCACAAAGUACUGAUAGCUGCUGCUGGUAAUGGAUUGCACAAAAACCUAAUGGCAUGCUAAGUCUCUAUUCUUGCAACGCUUUGCUGAGAGAUUGAUAUCAACUGCAUUUUUUUCCAUUUCAAACCUUUCCAGAUAGUAGAUUGAUAUUAAGUAUAGCUAGCAUUUGGGGAUGAAUGAGUGGAUGAUUGUUACUUAGACUUACAUGCUUGUCAUUGGUCCAUCCCCUUUGUGGGAGAUGGUUGGACAUAACCUUUGGUUUACACCUACCUACAAUGAUUUUAUUUCUGACCCCUUGUCUUUUUAUAUAAAAUGUAUUGAUUUAUAAUAAAUAAAAACAGUGUUCAACUUUUGUCUUCAAA